AUGACCUGCGGCACUGCUGGACCCGAAGGCGGCAUCGAAGGCGGCGGCGCCGCCUGCGUGCCCGACGCGUGCGGGGACUCCGACGCGGCCUUCAAAGAGGGAGCGAAAGCAAUGGAGGAGGAGGAUGCGAGGAACCGCUCACCAACCUUCGGGCCCGUGGUGCGGAAGGCGUCCGUCACUGGGGAGCUGGCGCAGCCCCCUGAGGACGAGUCGAACGGACGGUUCGGCCAGGCUGAGUCCCAGAUUGCCAACGCCAGCGAGGAUGAGCGACAAUACCGCCACAACGACCAGGACGACAACCAGCCUCGGCGUCACGACCAGCACGCCAGCCACGCGUCUACGCAACACGGGUCAGCCACAAGAUGGACGACGACACCCAGCCGCACCAGAGCGACCGAUGGAAAGCCCCCGGAGGGAAUGCAGAUCUUUGUGAAGACGUUGAGUGGGAAGACCAUCGCGCUCAACGUGGCGGCCAGCUACACAAUCGCGGACGUUAAGGCCAUCAUACAGGAAGCCGAGGACGUCACACAGGACCACCAGCGCCUUAUUUACGGCAGUUCGCAGCUGGAGGACAGCCGCACACUUGCGGACUACAGUAUCCAUAAGUACGCCACUAUGCACUUGGCCCAGAAGCCCUACUUACCGCCAUGUUCUCCUGUCAGCACAUUGCGUGCCGUCUCUUCGGGGCUUCGGCUCCUGGCGCGGGCAGAUGCCCAUCCUGCAACAUGGGACGGCAAUUGCAGGUUCCAGUACCGACAUCACCUGGACACGCAGAAGGCGCUGGACCCCCACACGCCGGGCACGAGUGCCUAUGCGAGCACGCCUGUGGAGUCGGAGCCAUGCCCGGCUCAAGGGGCGAUGGACGCGGAGGAGGGUGACACCGGCCUCUCCCAGGGCAUGCCGCAGAUGCUGGACGCGAUGCUGAUCAAGCUGCUUGAAGACCACAUCGCACUCCACGCGGACAAUAUUCAGGACACGGUCCCACGGUACCACGAGGUGGAGAAGCUCUUCCUACAAUAUCUACAGCGCGAGUUCGACGAGGUCUCUGGGAAGAUGGUGCUCUGUCAGAUGUCCAACCUGCAGGGGCUUGACCUCAGGGACAUGACAUGCCCGUUGCUCACCGCUCGCCUCUUGCAUGAGAAAGCGGGCAAAGACGCCGCCUCGGCAGCGCCAGCCUUCCUGGACACUGGCGCACGCCAUUGGCUCGCUUGGGCAUCGGACGAUCGAUCUUGCAUGGGCCGCUGGCUCGCUACGCUGCGGCUGAUCAGAGACACCACGCCGGCCGCCCAACUAUCCUUGCUGACGGUUCGGCCGGUCCUCCCAGGCGGUUUGUCGCCGACGGAGAUCUUGGAUUUCUGGUCCCCAACAUUGCUGCAAGGGGAGGGCGGUAAGCGAGCUGAAUCAAUCGUUCUCCUCGAGCCGCCGGUCAGGGUCCUAAUCGACGGGGAGCUCGGCCCGCGGGUGGCUGACCAACACCUCGCCAUGAUCACGUUUGGACAACUCAGGGAUACGACUCCCACUCCAGUCGUUGUCAACUGGACGGGCAAUGCCCCCACGAGUCUGACCUCGGAGGCAGCCAUCCUCGACUACCCCGUGGACGUGGAGGACAAAAUCUUAGAAAUGCUACAGAACUUUCAGUCUCCAAUUGUCGUCAACUGGAGUCGCUCCAUGGCCAGCCCGAGCGGUCGGGAGGACCGACGUGUUCGACGUGUUCUUUAUGGUUACCACGGUACUGCCCCAGCGGUUAUCGUAACAGCGCUCGAGGCCACGAUGCUGAUUCGAGCACUUCGGGCUUGCUUAGGGCAAAUACCAGGUCUCGCAGCUGGUCACACGCUUAUGAUGCAUGACCCCGGCGCUCUUCCCAUCGACUAUACUGAGCCUGAGGCCAUCGCGGCACACCCCGACUAUUGGGACCAGCUGAUCUUCCUCACGACGCGCAGGGGCGUGCUCAUCACAUCGUCAUCGCGGACGGCAUGGGAGAGACUGCUCACCACCCAAGCCGAGGCGCAACAACAGACACGCAUACUCAAGCUGUCUUGGAAAUUGAGCACUCGGGGCGGCAGACCCUGGGUGAUCCCCCAGGUCCUCUCGCAGACUACGGCGGCGACGCUGACAGGUAACUGGGGAGAUCUACCAGGACCAGCGCGGUGCUCUAUCCAUGUCCAGAUAAAAGGGGACACCGGCACUGACCCUACCUCCAUCCUCGACCUUCUACUCCAGAAGAUCCGCGCCUGCACAGGGGGCAUCUGGUCUGCUACGGACCUCGGAGUUCACCCACGACCAGGGCAGAUUGCCCCUGUGGCAGGGGCCCGCGGAGAAUGGGAUGGAGGCUUCAUUGUGGAGGCGGCUACCCCGGCCCAGACCAAGGCAAUCGCGCUGCUGCUCAAUGGCAUGUGUUUCGCGGGGGCCGCGGGGGCCCGCCGGUUGGCCAUUAACGUGAAUCAUGACUAUGCCGUGAGGGGGACGGACAGCGGCAGUACCAUCGCGCUCAAGCACACCGUCCUCAGCCCAACCGACAGCGCCAGCUACGCUGGCAGGAGCACCGACAUUGUCCACAGCGCCUCAAUCUCCAAUGCGACGACGGGUACCACAGUGUCCAUCAUGCCGGGUAUCGUCGAAUCCACGGACAGCCGAGCCGGCACAUUCGUCAGCGGCACAGUUUCCAACGAGAGGUUCACCAGCAGUACCAGGAACAGCAGCAUCGCAUCAACCAGCGACAAUAUCCCCACAACGAUGGGAACUGUCAGCUACAUUAACGGAUGUCCCACGGCUCUCGACAUUCUCGCUGAUUUCAGCACGAUGGGAACCAGCCUCAGCCGCAACAGCACUAACGCAACCGGGGGGAUCGGCCUGUUGGUGCAGGACACCUUCCUGAAACGAUUUACGACGAUACGACCGGAGGACUGGGUGGAGGCAAUGCAGGCCAAGCCACACUCUCUGUGGAUCGCCAUGGGCGACUUCAACUGGGUCACCAAAGACACGGACCGCACCGGGGAGGGAGCGAACACCACAGGACAUCGAGAUACGGCCGAGGAGCGCGACUGGCGAGACAGCGUGGACAUCCAGAAGUCCCUGCGCAUCGCUGGCAACUGCAGGCCAGGGCCAGACGGCGUGCCAUUUCAGGCGUGGCGAUGCCUGGGCCCUCUAGGGGCUAUUGUCGGGCCGCUCACACGUCCGGCGGACCAGCGCUUCAAGAAGGGCACGCAGAGAUGGAUGACCGAGCGCUUGGUCGCGCAAGACAAAUACUGCGUGGAACGGCGCCUGCGCGCACGGCUUGCUCGGUGGCGGCUCCCCGACUACCCCGGGAGGUCGGCGCGGCGGGCGGUGCGCCAAUUGGUCCGCUUGCGCCGGCUGGUGCCGCCUAGGCCUGUCGGGGGCACGCUCGGCUCCGCCAGGUAUGUCAAGGCAGCGACAGCGCCCGCCCAUUACGACGACCACGCGUCGAUGCGGCUGCCGCGCGGACAGCCCGCCAG